AUGGCACUUAAAAGAAUCAACAAAGAAUUGCACGAUUUAGGGCGUGACCCACCAUCAUCUUGCAGUGCUGGACCUAUUGGUGACGAUCUUUUCCACUGGCAAGCUACAAUUAUGGGACCCGUAAAUGAUCCACUUGUGCCUGAGAUCGCACAUGUUUAUAAGACCGAUAGACCUCGUUAUGAGGCAACUGCUAGGGAAUGGACACGUAAAUAUGCUAGUAAGUGA